AUGGAGAUCUGGAUCGUGACCGAUGCCGCCUCGCUCGACCCGCGCCUCUACGACGCCGGCCUCGCUCUCCUCGACCCCGCCUCCGCCGACCGCACGCCUGCCGUGAGCCCUCCCGCCCCCGCGCCCCCGCGUCCCCGCGUCCCUGACCCCCUCCCUCCCCAGGCUGUCUCCUCGGCCGCCUCCUCCCGCGCCUCCUCCUCGCCUCCGCCCGCGCCGUCCCACCCGCCAACAUCGCCAUCGCCCACACCCCCGCCGGCAAACCCUACUACGCAAACCACCCCGGGCCUCGACCCCCCGCUCGCAUUCAACGUCUCGCACGACGGCGCCGCCGUCGCCAUGGCGUUCGCGCCCGACCCGCGCCCGAUCCCCGCCGAUCUGGGCGCGCGCGCGGAUUCGGACGCGGUGCGCGCGGGGCUCGUCGGCGUGGACGUCAUGCGCGUCGCGGUCCCGCACCGCACGACCUUCCGCGAGCUCGUCCGCGGCGUCGGCGACACGCUAACCCCGCGCGAGCGCGCCCAGCUCGCCCCACCAACGCCCGAGCGCACCGCGCGGCGCCGCUUCUUCUGGAUGUGGACGCUCAAGGAGGCCUUCGCCAAGGCGCGCGGCGCGGGCCUCGCGUUCGAGCUCCGCAGGAUCGAGUGCGACGUCCGCGCGGUGCGCUCGGGCGUCCCGCGCGAGGAAACGGGCGCGGCGGUGCGAGUGACGGUGGACGGCGCGCCGCCGCGCGGGUGGGCGUUCGUGCUGUUCGAGUUUGACGCGCCGCACGCGGGCGCGGGCGCAGGCGCAGAUGCAGGCGCAGAUGUAGAUGUAGGCGCAGGCGGGGACGCGGACGCGGACGCGGGGCAGGCGCGGUACCAGGGCGUCGCGGCGCGCUUCGUGGGGGGCGACGCGCCGCCUACGUUCGUCGUGCGGCGCGUGGGGGGCUCGCGUCUGGACGCGCGCGCGGACGGUGCGGACGGUGCAGGCGCGGAGGUGGUGUACCGCGACGAGGCGGACGCGUUGGUAGAGCGCGCGGUGCGCGUGCUCGGCGGUGGCGGCGGCGGCGGGGACGGCGGCGGGGACGGCGGGGCGGGCGCCGCGCCACCCUAGUAGCGACCGGAGAUUCUCUUAUUGUUGUUAUUCUGAUGUCGUUUGCGAGCGAAAGUGCGAGCGCGCGAGCGUGCGACGGGGUACGAUAGAUUAUGCAGGGCUGGAAUUAGGCGGGCGGCGGGCGGCAGGCGGCGAGCGGCGGGCGCGUGGGUACUGUAAACGAGGCGGUGGCGACGAUAAAUACACGCGUAGGUAAGAAGAUAGGCAGGCAGGUGGGCAUGUAGUAGGUAGUAGAGGUAUGCAGGCAGGCAUGCAGGGAAGACAGGGGAAUAAAGUU